ACUCAUCCUUGACGCACACAUGUUACCCGGUGACAGAUGAGACUUAAAACAGUCUCUGGGUCACACAGGUCUCAGAACACAACAACAACAGAGAAUAGUAAUGAAAGGCUGAAAGGGAAUAGAACCUGAUUAUUUUUUUUGUUUUUUAGUUUGUGAAAUAAAACCAGCUCAGUCAUGUCCGGAGCGCUAGCUAGGAUACUCUUUUACCCGACGUUAGCCUACAAUGUUGUUUUGGAGAAGGUGUCUUCCAGGCGGUGGUUCGACCGAGUGGACGAGACGGUGGUUCUCGGAGCUCUGCCCUUCAGAUCCAUGACCAAACAGCUGGUAGAAACAGAAAACAUUCGAGGAGUUAUCACCAUGAACGAGAAGUAUGAGACCGCGUAUUUCUGCAACUCAGCCGAGGAGUGGCAGGCCGCAGGCGUGGAGCAGCUGAGGCUGAGCACAGUGGACCUCACCGGCGUCCCCAGCCUGGAGAAGCUGCACAGGGGUGUGGAGUUUGCUCUGCAGCACAGACAGCAAGGAAGCAGCGUGUACGUCCACUGUAAGGCCGGACGCUCCCGCAGCGCCACGCUGGCCGCGGCGUACCUCAUACGGUUACACUGCUGGACUCCGGAGGAGGCCUGUCAGAAGCUGGCGUCGGUUCGCCCACACAUCCUGGUUCGCUCCGCUCAGCUGGAGAUGCUGAAGAAAUAUUACCAGCAGGUGUGUGGACAGUCCAGCUGAGAGAGUUCGAGGGGCUGAUCGGACCCUGUUAUGUUCCCGCUGAUGCUGGAAGACUGACCUCAGAGCCUUGAUCAAAGCCACGCUGACCUGGGACACACUGGGCCGUCUCUUCAGAGAGUCCAGCUCAACAUCAUACUCAACUACUGAAGAGUGAAUGUCAAACAAGUUAUCAAGUUAUUUUAUUUAAGUUAAUCAAUGACAAAUCAGUUAGACGAAAGACAUUCAAAUCAUUUUUAACUUGAAGCUCAAAAUUAUGUUGACAGAAACACAUUCCCUGUGUCUGGUGAUGUUUUUUUCCAGCCCCAUCACUAUGUUCAGCCAAAAAUUCUUCCAAAUAAACAACACUUCAGUUCUGUUCACAUGUGUCUUUAAUAACAAAAGGCUGCUCUUGUGAGCUGCAGUCUGGACAUGGACAUUUUAGACUCACUGUCUUUAUUAAGACAUUUUAUUUUACAUUUCUAGUAUGUUCCCACGGUGCCUCAUUGCUGACAGUGAUGUUAAAUAAAUGUGUGACGUGUUACACACUAAUGGUUAUUCUUAUUUAUUUCCAGCAUUUUUGGUAUUUACUUACAAAUGCAUGUGUGUAGAAAAAGAUGCAGUAAAAAAAGUAUACUCAAUGCAAGCUGAGGGGGUUCUUUAUGCACGAAGAUGCUUUGAAUGAAAUAAAGUCAGAAAAAUACCUCAGAAAUUAUCUGUGAGGACGAGUGGGUGAUCGUUUUGCAUGCUGUGAUUUAUUUCUGACUAGUCCACAGUCGGUUGUCAGAUAAUAAACUUGUGCAUUAAUGUCUCA